GAGCGGCCCCAUGGAGCGGCCGAAGAUGGCGGAGCUGGAGAGCCUGGAGACGGCGGCGGAGCACGAGAGGAUCCUGCGCGAGAUCGAGAGCACCGACACGGCCUGCAUCGGCCCCACGCUCAGGUCUGUGUACGAUGGGGAGGAGCACGGGCGCUUCAUGGAGAAGUUGGAGGCGCGGAUCCGCAACCACGACCGCGAGAUCGAGAAGAUGUGCAACUUCCACUACCAGGGCUUCGUGGACUCCAUCACUGAGCUCCUCAAGGUGCGGGGAGAGGCCCAGAAACUCAAGAACCAAGUGACAGACACCAACCGGAAGCUGCAGAACGAAGGGAAAGAACUGAUCCUGGCCAUGGAGGAGCUGAGGCAGUGCCGGCUGCAGCAGAGGAACAUCUCAGCCACGGUGGAUAAACUCACCCUGUGUCUCCCCGUGCUGGAGAUGUACAGCAAGCUGCGGGAGCAGAUGAAAUCCAAGAGGCACUACCCGGCCUUGAAGACCCUGGAGCACCUGGAGCACACCUUCCUGCCCCAGGUGAGCCACUACCGCUUCUGCAAGGUGAUGGUGGACAACAUCCCGCGGCUGCGCGAGGAGAUCAAGGAGCUCUCCAUGUCCGACCUCAAGGACUUCCUGGAGAGCAUCCGCAAGCACUCGGACAAGAUCGGAGAGACCGCCAUGAAACAGGCACAGCAGCAGAGGAACCUGGACAACAUCGUGUCCCAGCAGCCCAGGAUUGGCGGGGGAAAGAAAUCCAAGAAGGAGUUCAGCGCCAGCUCCGAGCUGGAGGUGAAGAACACCAGCCCCAUGUCGGAGCAGGAUUCAGGGAUCCUGGAUGUGGAGGAUGAGGAUGAGGAAGAAGAGGUGCCCGGAGCCCAGGAUUUGGUGGAUUUCUCCCCGGUCUAUCGGUGCCUCCACAUCUACUCUGUCCUGGGAGCCCGGGAGACCUUUGAGAGCUACUACAGGAAGCAGAGGAGAAAACAAGCGCGGCUGGUGCUGCAGCCUCCCUCCAACAUGCACGAAACUUUAGAUGGCUACAGGAAGUAUUUCAAUCAAAUUGUAGGGUUUUUUGUGGUGGAGGAUCACAUCCUGCACACCACGCAGGGCCUGGUCAACCGGGCCUACAUUGAUGAGCUGUGGGAGAUGGCCCUGUCCAAAACCAUCGCGGCCCUCAGGACCCACUCCUCCUACUGCUCUGACCCCAGCCUGGUGUUGGACCUGAAGAACCUCAUUGUGCUCUUUGCUGACACGCUGCAGGGCUAUGGCUUCCCCGUGAACCAGCUCUUUGACAUGCUGCUGGAGAUCCAGGACCAGUACAGUGAGACCCUGCUGAAGAAAUGGGCUGGGGUCUUCAGAAAUAUCCUUGACUCGGAUAACUACAGCCCCAUCCCGGUGUCAAAUGAAGAAGUUUAUAGGAAAAUCGUUGGGCAGUUCCCAUUCCAGGAUGCUGAACUUGAAAAGCAACCCUUCCCAAAGAAGUUCCCCUUCUCGGAGUUCGUGCCCAAGGUUUACAGCCAGAUCAAGGAGUUCAUCUACGCCUGCCUCAAGUUCUCCGAGGACCUGCACCUCAGCUCCACGGAAGUCGAUGACAUGAUCAGAAAAUCCACAAAUCUGCUGCUGACCCGGACCCUGAGCAACUGUUUACAGAAUGUCAUCAAGAGGAAAAACGUUGGACUGACAGAGCUGGUGCAGAUCAUCAUCAACACCACCCACCUGGAGAAAUCCUGCAAGUUCCUGGAGGAGUUCAUCACCAACAUCACCAACGUGCUGCCCGAGACCGUGCACACCACCAAGCUCUAUGGGACCACCACCUUCAAGGACGCCCGGCACGCCGCCGAGGAGGAGAUCUACACCAACCUGAACCAGAAGAUCGACCAGUUCCUGCAGCUGGCUGACUACGACUGGAUGGCCCCAGAGCCGGGCAGCCGGGCCAGCGAGUACCUGGUGGAUCUGAUCGGCUUCCUGCGCAGCACCUUCGCCGUGUUCACCCACCUCCCGGGGAAGGUGGCCCAGACGGCCUGCAUGUCGGCCUGCAAGCACCUCUCGACGUCGCUGCUGCAGCUGCUGCUGGAGGCCGAGGUGAGGCAGCUGACGCUGGGGGCCCUGCACCAGUUCAACCUGGACGUGGAGGAGUGCGAACAGUUUGCCAGAUCCGGCCCAGUGCCUGGGUUCCAAGGGGACACGCUGCAGUUGGCCUUCAUCGACUUGAGACAACUCCUGGAUCUGUUCAUCCAGUGGGAUUGGUCCACAUAUUUGGCCGACUACGGACAGCCCACGUGCAAGUACCUUCGUGUGAACCCCACCACAGCCCUCAUCCUGCUGGAAAAGAUGCGGGACACCAGCAGGAAAAACAACGUUUUCGCCCAAUUCCGGAAAAACGAGCGGGACAAGCAGAAGUUGAUCGACACCGUGGCCAAGCAGCUGCGCGGCCUCAUCAACAGCCACCACUCCUGAGGGGCUCGGGAUCUCCUUCCCGCGGCCUGGACUCCGGGAAUCUCGUUGGGAGAGAAGAUUUGUAUUUUUUUAUUCGCCUGGAAAGUCUCCGCGGAGCCUCCCCCCGACGGCAAAACGCUCCCGGUGGAACAAUCCUGGGAAAAAGAGGUGGUGGCAGGAGUCUCCUGGAUCAACUCCUAUUUUCAGGGGUUUAGGAAGUGAUGGGAAUUCUUGGAGCCUGGGAGAAGUUCGCACCCGGACUGGGUUUUUGGUUUUGUUUUUUGUUUUUGUCAAAGCCAAAUUGAAGGGAUCAUCCUGC